AUGACAGAGAACGAGGAUGGGAGUAAAUACGCAGCCCGAGUGAAUGCGGCUCGUGGUAAGAGUGAUUCCGAACAGUGGUUCAGUCAUGAGACUUCCUCGGCUGAAGUUCCGAAAUCGCACUCACGAAUUAGGCCCGAAGCUUCUGAAAUUUUGGCCAAAAUCCGACAACCUGCUGGGAGUAUGGCUCGUUUGGCUGGCUUUUCUAAUGAUUCAAAUGAAGCAAACGUUCCAAUCUGUCGACGACUUCGAUCUGCAGAGGCUAAGGCAAUAGCUCAAAAAAUGGCCCGAUCUACUGAUAACUGGUCAGAUUUCGAAGGCAAUCUUGCAGCUGGUUUAGUAAAACAGCCUCAUAGAUUCGGUGCAAGUAUCGAGGCGAAGGCUAGUAAUUUUUUAAAAUUUUCCGAAAAUUUCAACACGGAGAUAAUGGAGGUACAAACCCAUAAAUGCGAUUGGUUCACUCACGAUGAAAAACCAGUGGAUACAAGGCUGAGAUUUUCACGCCCUGCAACUGCGCAAGCAAGAAGUUCAAAUUUUGAUUGGUUUUCACAUGACUCUACUAACCAAUCAAUAGCGAAUACUCGACGCAGUUGUCGUCGAGUUAGAGGCGAUGGGGUGGAGUAUGCAUUAAGAAAUCAUGGACACAAGGAUUUACUGACACCAGUGCUGCCAGAGGAUUCCGUACUACCACUCUAUCGAUGCCCAACAAAAGAAUCGCAAAAUUACUGUCGCCAUAAUAAGGAGAGUAGUUCUGUGGCCGAAUGCAUGAAGAAUUUAACUUUGCCAGAAAAAACCCAACACGAAAGCAGAUCUGAGAAAGUCAGGAGUCCAGCAUCUUCCAAUUGGGAUAGUAAAGCCAAUACUGCAACCAACAGACACACUGAUUCAAUUUUUACCAUGGAACCGGAGAAUGCGGGUUCUAUUCAGGCGCAGCCUAAGGAACUCUCCAAGACACAAAUGGCGCGUUGUAUUGCACAGAUGGAUAAGGAUGCCCCACCCACACCCCGUAGGCACAUGUUGCACGUCUCGGAAGAAGCCAAAUCAACUUAUCACAAAAACCGAAAUGGUCAAAUGGCUACUUUAAUUGGCAAUGGAGCCAAUUCAACAACAUAUAAUUAUCCACCAAAAAUUCAGAUAAAGACGGUGAAUUCCGAGGAAGCCAUGUCGAAUCAGGAAAAAGCAAGAGGGACCGCUGUGCGCACUCUUUUAACACAUACUGAUCUUAGAGAGAUCCCUCCAAGACGUAUCAAUCCCCCAAGCGACCAAGUAAAGAUCGCUUUGGGAGGAGAAUCAGCUAAGCCGUUAGCACCACCACCUAGACGCCUGAUGUCUGCUGAGGCAAGGAGUUAUGCCGAUCGUCAACGUGGAACUAUGCGGGAUUUACUUGCAUAUAGUUAG